AUGUUCUCACAUUACAACACUAUCGAGCGAAGCGAGAUAGUGGAGCACACUACCUCUGAUCAACCAUAUCGAGUGGAGCACACUACCUCUGAUCAACCAUAUCGAGUGGAGCACACUACCUCUGAUCAACCAUAUCGAGUGGAGCACACUACCUCUGAUCAACCAUAUCGAGUGGAGCACACUACCUCUGAUCAACCAUAUCGAGUGGAGCACACUACCUCUGAUCAACCAUAUCGAGUGGAGCACACUACCUUCCUUUUAGAGGCUUGA